AUGGCUACAGUCGUCGCCUCCGACAGUGCAGUUCACGCUGGCGGCUCGACGAGUUCUGCUUCUGGAUAUUCCAAAACCUCCCGCCGACAGUACCAAGCCUGUGACCAGUGCCGCAAGAGCAGGAGGGCAUGCGACGCAGGCGCCUUGAGAGUUGUCAACUUCCCUUUUCGUGAAAACGACCAGCUUGACUCGUCUGCCUCGACAUGUGAAGCCUGUUCAAACUGUGCAAGGACCAGCAAGACGUGUACAUUCGACUGGCUUCGCACCCUUCCUCUCCAGGGCUUACCGAAAGGCGUGAAGAGGAAGUUGGAAUCAACUGGUUUACCUGAAGGCGUCACUAUUCCGACAGGGACAUCAGAGACCAGACUUCAAACUCCAUAUUCCAAUGGCUAUCCAUCAUUUGCAGAUUCCAUUAAUUAUCCGCAACUCGCACCAUCCACUCACGCCUUCCAAAACGCUGGACGAAAUGGGGUCCCCGAGUCCUACGUUUCUACGUAUGUCAGAAGCGGCGCUUUCGCGAAAGGCUCAUCGGAGUCUGAAAUGUGUUAUCACGGAGACAGGAAUGGCAGCCAAACUGCACCUUCUAUUGCCUCAGUGCCCAAUGGCGCGCCAGCCUCUGUCCGGACUGUCGCCGGCGACGCCGCCCUUCCGAAUCAUUCGACCUCUGGAGAAGGCACAGGCCACGAUCAAUGGAAUGGCAUGGGGCCCGUCCGUCGGAACUCGUCUUCUACUUCACCAGUCUCCAGUUCCAAUGAUUCCAGCAAUGCAGCCUCCAAGACCGAGUCGUCUCCAAGUUUGACGUCAGUUACUUCCGAGACCAGCUGCGAAGAUGAAGCCCCCAACCCUGAUUCCGCGCCAGCACGCAUCAAACGUGCAAAAAACCCACACCCCUAUCUCUACUCGGCCUCAACUGAUCGAGGGUCACCCGAAAGCACGCGAUCAAAGGCACCAUCACACAGUUCGGCCCUUUCGACGAAUGGUGGACGGCAAAGCACGGCUCCCCUUUCCACUCGUCAGCUUCAUUUUGCCGACGCAGCAAUGAAGGCAAUGAUUGCAAGUGGCCUUUUACGCAUCUACCACGAUAGCUUUGAGAACUCCUUAUCAUGUUGGGUAACGGAGAACAAUUGUCCGUACGAGAUCGAGCUUAGAGACCUCAUCCCGCACGCAAGUCCUACUUCGACAGCAGAAGAAGCUGCACUUCGUUUGAGCGACAAUCGAAUCUUCUCGCGCGUCUCCCGCUUAGAUUCGGCAUUCUCCCUCCUAAGGGGACGCGACUUGUCCGCCGUGGAGAACCGUGCCGCCAACAAGGCACUUAAUGCCGCAAUCAUGGCAUUUGCUAGCCAGUGGUCACAUAGCUCCCACAACUCCUUCUGGAAAAGCAAGGAAGGCAUGUCGCGAAUGAAGGCAUGCCAAACUAACACGGCGGGCUUGUUUUCGCGAUCAGGCGAGCCGAUACUGUCUAGCGAAUGUGAACGAAUCAUCCAAAAGACGCUCUGGCAUGAGGCGAAGAUGGCUAUUCAGUCCAGCGCUGAGAUCGACUCCUUUAAGGUGAUUCUUGCGUACAUGAUUUUUGCCCUAACGCAGAGACCGAUCGAUGGGAAAAGCAAGCCGACCACAGAGAGGCAGACUUCGCCGGCAGACUCUUCUACGAACGGUCGCCGAGGCUCUGACAACUCAUCCGUUUACGAACCUUCUACGCAAUGCGCAGACCCUGCCAUGGACAGCAUCGUCAAUGAAGAGUGGAACCCCUUUUACGCGAGCGAUCUCGAAGCAUUGGCGUCCCCACCCAUCUAUCUCGAGACGGCAGUUCGAAACUUGUUCUCAUGGAGGCGCAAGAUUGAGCGCUACCGCAAGUUGCGAUCGAAAGCGAGCGGUGACUACGGCCAUGGCUCUAUGGGAGUUCUUGCCCUCAAGGAUCACCAGACGUUCAACCUUCUGUUCUGGCUGGGCAUCAUGUGCGAUACAACUUCGUCAGCUAUCACCAAGCGUCCGCUGGUCAUUCCGGACGAAGAUUGCGCCAUGAUCCGAGAAGACCUGGGUGAUUUCGACGCCGUCCCCCCUAAUAAUGACGAGCAGCAUUCGUCCUUCUCUGAAACACAUGACCGCGACAAGCGCUCUCUGUGGGGAGAGUACCUAUUAAGCUUCAAGUCGGCGGGGCCUCGAAACACGCAGCCCCGGUGGCCCUGUAAGCUUGAGGAGGCUGCCCUGGUGCUUCAGGAAGCCAUCCCGGUCAAAGUUCUCAUGUUUCGCAAAGUGGCACAACUACAAACCCUAGCGUUCCGCAGGACGCCUCCACAGGAGCUCGAAAAGUGCAUUCAAGAGGCACUCAAGGUCUACGAACAGUGGAAUACAACAUACGGCCUGUUCAUGAACGACUGCGUCAGCCAACACAACUUCCUCGAGCCGGUCGUGCAAUCAUGGUACGUCAUUCUGGAUGGUCACUGGCACUACGGUUGCUUGCUGCUGGCAGAUACGAUAUCUCAAAUUGACCGCGAAGAGAAGACAAUGGAGCCUCAACGGACGCUGCGAACAACCUGCCACCUGAUCAAGGAGCUACGGCACAACAACGCUUGCGCCAUCGCCAAAAUUGCACAGGCAUCCCUAUCUGAACACAAACCGUCUGUGCCUGAUAACUCGGAGUUCCACUUCGCCUGCAACGGCAGCGCCAUCCUCACCGAGCCUUGGACAGAUAUCCUUGUCCGGGCUAUGGGAAGUGCUUGUCAAGUCUUCAUCGCCUGGCUAUCGAGCUGGGACAAUCCUGUGGAUCCCAAUCACGAAUGGGUCCACGCGCGCACAGAGUACCAGGAUCUGUACAACCAGGCAGAGGCUUGUGUCCAAGGAAUGACGCUGCUAGGUCGGAAAUCUGACGCAGCGAAUUAUACGGCGGAAAUGUUCUGGGCAAAAUUGAACCAGGUGUGCUCGAGCCGGCAGUCUUCGGCAGAACUGUUUCAGGAUUCAUGA